AUCAAAUUAAGAACAUUUGUUGUCGUGCUCAAGUCCAACCAACAUCAGAACGGUUUUCGAAAUAACACUGACGACAUCAUGAGAAUCCUGCUGCUCUUGUAUUUUUCCAUUGAAAUAGUGUCUGGCCGAUUUUCGAAAGAUAUUCAAUAUCAUCCUCCCAAUCGGUUGGCAGGUCGUGAAACCCCACGCCCCACAACCACUCGUUUCUUUGAAGAUGUGGGUAAUGGCAAGCCCACACCGGAACAUGAAAAGGACCCCGAGUAUUGGUAUUCUCUGGCCAAAUUGGAAAUGAAUAAAUUAUUGGAGCAAUGUUCGUAUAAUUAUAAUAAGGCUAAGAAUGUUAUUUUCUUUCUUGGCGAUGGCAUGGCCUUAAAUACCCUGACUGCGGCACGCAUACGCAAAGGCCAAUUGAAGGGUAAGACGGGUGAAGAGGAAUCACUGAGUUUUCAGAGGUUUCCUCACACAGGAUUGAGUAAGACCUACUGUACCAAUGCCCAAGUACCCGACUCCGCUUGCACAGCCACAGCCUAUUUGUGUGGCGUGAAGACCCAAAUUACUUCCAUUGGAGUAACGGCAAAUGUUGCCGCCGAUAAUUGCACUAUGAGCAUGGAUCCCGCCAAUCACUUGGAAUCAAUUGCGGAUUGGGCACAAAGGGCUGGCAAGUCCACAGGUUUUAUUACAACCACCUCUUUAACUCAUGCCAGUCCAUCGGGUUUGUAUGCCAAGACAGCAAGUCGUUUUUGGGAAUGUGAUGCAGAUAUUCCCCAAGAGGUUCAGCGCCAAGGGCACUGCAUGGAUAUGGCUGAGCAGCUGAUAACUCAAACACCAGGACGUAAUUUCGAUAUUAUGAUGGGUGGUGGUAUGGGCAAAUUCCUGCCUCGGACUAUGGCAGAUGCCCAUGGACAUCCCGGGGAACGUUUGGAUGGCAAAAACUUGUUACAACUUUGGAAGGAAAUUCAUCCUGGCGGUGCUCUUGUCACCAAUCGUGAAGAGUUGUUGGAUUUAAACAUUACCCAGGUGACAAAAAUCAUGGGCAUCUUUGCCUCCAGACUGAUGAAUUAUCAUGUUGAGGCAAACUCAUCGCAAGAACCCACCCUAGCCGAAAUGACAGAGACGGCCUUAAAAUCUCUCAGUUUCAACGACAAGGGUUAUUUUCUGUUUGUUGAGGGAGGCCUCAUCGAUUAUGCCAAUCACAACAAUAAACCCUUUAUUGCUUUGGAUGAAACUUUGGAGCUGGAGAAAGCAAUUGAUGUGGCUUUAGGUUUAACAAAUCCAGAGGAAACUUUAAUUGUGGUAUCAUCGGAUCAUAGCCAUCCCAUGACUAUAGCUGGUUAUCCUGGUCGGGGUACAGAUAUUUUGGGUCUAAAUCAACACGAUGUCGACAGCAAUGGUGUGAAAUAUACCACGCUCACUUAUGCUGUUGGUCCCGAACAGUAUUUGGAUGAAAAUGGUCAGCGCAUUGAUUUGGAGGACAUUAUAAAGGAGGAUGCAAGUUUCACACAUCCCAGUCAGAUUCCUUCGUCGAUUGGUACCCAUGCCGGUGAUGAUGUUGGGAUAUUUGCUACUGGUCCACACUCACAUCUAUUCCGGGGAGUUAUGGAACAACAUACGAUACCACAUUUGAUGGCAUAUGCUGCAUGCAUCGGGGAUGGUCCAACUCUAUGUAGUGAUCAUUAAUUUCAAUUUUAAGUAACAGUAAGCACUGGAAGAAUAACAAUUUAAAGUGAAAAAUAAAAUUGUUUGAAAAAAAUGGAUUUUAAA